GUGAUAUUUUUGCUGACACUUUUUUGAAAAGUAAAAUUGAACAGAAUCAAAGUUUAACUCUAGAGUUUGGAGGAAAAACUAAAAAAAGAAGCCUUGUUUCAAAGCUAAAAUUUCAGUCUGGAGAAAAUAAUAUGACAUUGGAUGAAAGUGUUUUACAAAAAAUUUCUGAAAUGCCAUCAACCUCACUUGAUAUUAAGCCUACAGUUCUGUCCACAUCUGAUGAUAUCAUUCCUCCUGUAAAUAAGACUGCUUUGAGUCCAGCAGAAGUUUAUAGCAUCAUUGAUAUCAUACCUGAAGAUCUAUACUCUGCUUUGGAAUCUGAAAUUGGAAAAUUCAAAGAUAUUACUUACGAGACAUUACAAGCAUGGAAGAAGGAAUCAAAGUUUUCAGAUAUCAUUAUUCAUUACCUGGAAACGAAUUAUCAUAGUUUGUCCAUUGAAAAUACUAAGUUAUUGUACUAUAUACAAUUUUUGAUAAUCUUUGUAAACGUCAAGUAUACAGACUUGAGGAAGAAAGAUCCACUUCCUGAAAUACCACAACCUUACAGGCAAGGCAUGAUGAAAAGAUACCUGCUAAAUAGAUCAUUCCCACAAAGGAUGAAAGAUAAGUUAGUGGCAGAUUUAAUUAUUUUAUGUUUGCAUCUGAAUCAUUUUAAUGUUGAUGGAACACUUCUUGCUUUAAGCACUAAAAUUAGCAUAAAAAGAUUAAUAAAUAUAGCUUAUGCUUUGGGAUGCUAUGUUCAUUCAGUCAAAGGUAAUAUAAACAAGAGGUUUGAACUUAAAUUACCAUUAUAUAAGUAUGAACCUAUAAGAAUGAAACGAAAAUAAUAUGUAAGACAUAAUUAAAAUAAAAGCAUAACUGAGAAAAAUAA